UUCCCAACUGAGAUCAAUGGAUCUUGAGAGAGUUGUGCUUAGGUCGUGAUGAAACCAAGAUGGCGUGUAGUUCAGACAGGAGGAACGGUGGCUAGCUGAGGGAAGAAAACACUGGGAACGACGCGUAUUUUGUACACGUGCGCGAAACGGUUAUUAUUAAGAAAAAGUCAACUUACACGGGACUUUCAGGAGUCCGUUGGAAAGAAGACCUCCGCGAUCAUCAUCCCUCUAACCGACCGAGAGUGUGUGAAUGUGUGUGUGCUGGGAUGGGCUGAUCGAGGAGGCCGCAGAGCCACUGCCACCCAGAGACUGACCCUCCACCGAACAAUAGACCCCGUGAGCAUCAAACAAGAGCCAGAAAGACAGAUAAUUAAACACACCGGCGCACUAAUCAUUCCGGCUGCAGGGGCGACUCCGAAGAAUAAGAAGAACUCUGACCGAGUGCACAAAUGUAAGACUGGUGCUCAGACUCACAGCACUGAUGGCUAAAUGUAUGUUGAUUUAGCGCAAGUGUUUCUGUUUGACCUGGAAUAUCCGAUCAGAUGAUCCCUUUAAAUGCCACACAUCUUAUACCCGCGACCCGAGGCAACCACACUAUCUUCUCCCCUUGUGUGUUUCCACAACUCAGCCAUUCUUUGGAAUCGAGUCCUAAUGUUUGGCCCUCUCACUGGAUUUAUAAUCUGUUCACGUCUUCAUACUGUCGGAUAUUUUGAGAUUCGUUAAAUACUUUUGACAUCAAAUCAAUCGUUAGUUGGAUUUGGCGUGAGUCUGCUGACAAACGGAUGAGCAAUGGAUGGAGGGGAGGAGUUUGUUCCGCCGCCGGAAUGUCCAGUGUUUGAACCGUCAUGGGAGGAGUUUGCUGAUCCUCUGGGAUAUAUCGCCAAAAUCCGUCCAAUAGCAGAAAAGUCUGGAAUAUGCAAGAUUCGCCCACCACCCGACUGGCAGCCACCAUUUGUUGUGGAGGUGGACAAUUUCCGGUUCACACCACGUAUUCAGAGGCUCAAUGAGCUUGAGGCUGAGACACGAGUGAAGCUAAAUUAUCUGGACAGAAUCGCCAAGUUCUGGGAGAUCCAGGGAUCCUCUCUGAAGAUCCCCAAUAUAGAACGACGUAUUCUCGAUCUGUUCAGCUUGGCCAAGAUUGUGACAGAGGAAGGGGGUUUCGAGGCGGUGUGUAAGGAGAGACGCUGGGCACGUGUGGCACAGAAACUGGGAUAUCCUCCUGGCAAAAACAUUGGCUCUCUCCUGAGGUCGCACUAUGAGAGGAUCGUCUAUCCAUUUGAGUUGUUCCAGUCUGGAGCCAGUUUACCGCCAUGUAAACCGAGGCCAUAUGACAGUGAUGAGGUAGACCGGGAAUACAAACCCCACUCCAUUCCUCUCCGCCAAUCAGUCCCGCCAUCUAAGAUGAGCAGCUAUGGACGACGAGCCAAUCGCCUUAAACCUGAGGGUCCAGAGGAUCCAACUCACCACCCUCUUACAACUGGCUCUCAACACAUCCCCUCGCCGGAGCCUACAGAGGAAGAUAUAGAGAAGAACCCUGAGCUGAAAAAACUGCAGAUUUACGGGGCUGGACCUAAAAUGAUGGGGCUCGGUCUUGUACCUCGAGACAAGACACGGAAGAAAGAUGAACUGCCGGAGACUGUAAUAGUACGGGACAGCGCUGCCAGUGCAUCUGUGAAGGAUGAACCUGGAGAGACACCGGUUACAAAAUCAGAUCCAGACGUUCCUCCACCACCCCCAAAUCUCAUUGUCAAGGAGGACGAUGAUGACAAAAAUCACACUGAUGAUCCUAAUGAUUCCAGUGAUGAACCCUGCACCAAGAUGACCAUGAGACUCCGACGCAACCUCAAUAACCCACAGUUUGUGGACUCGUUUGUAUGUCGGAUGUGCGGACGUGGGGACGAGGAUGAGAAGUUGCUGCUCUGUGAUGGGUGCGAUGAUAAUUAUCACACGUUCUGCCUGAUACCUCCACUCACAGACCCACCCAAGGGGAACUGGCGCUGUCCCAAAUGUGUAGCAGAGGAGUGUAAAAAGCCAGCAGAGGCGUUUGGUUUUGAGCAGGCCACUCGAGAGUAUACGUUACAGAGCUUCGGUGAAAUGGCCGAUACUUUUAAAGCAGACUACUUCAACAUGCCUGUCCAUAUGGUGCCGACAGAGCUGGUUGAGAAGGAGUUUUGGAGGUUGGUCAGUAGUAUUGAAGAAGACGUAACUGUAGAAUAUGGGGCAGAUAUUCACUCAAAGGAAUUUGGUAGUGGUUUUCCUGUCAACAACGGCAAGAGACACUUGUCAGAUGAGGAAGAGCAAUAUGCCCGCAGCGGCUGGAAUUUAAACGUUAUGCCAGUGUUGGAGCAGUCAGUAUUGUGCCACAUUAAUGCCGAUAUCUCUGGCAUGAAGGUGCCAUGGCUGUAUGUGGGCAUGGUGUUCUCCGCUUUCUGUUGGCACAUAGAGGACCACUGGAGUUACUCCAUCAACUAUUUACACUGGGGUGAGCCCAAAACAUGGUAUGGUGUGCCAUCAUCUGCUGCAGAGAAGUUAGAGGAGGUGAUGAAGAAACUCACACCUGAGCUCUUCGAGUUUCAGCCAGACCUGCUCCACCAGCUUGUCACCAUCAUGAACCCAAAUAUACUCAUGUCUCAUGGAGUGCCGGUGGUUCGGACCAAUCAGUGUGCUGGGGAGUUUGUCAUCACUUUUCCACGAGCUUAUCACAGCGGUUUCAAUCAGGGAUAUAACUUUGCCGAAGCAGUCAACUUCUGCACCGCAGACUGGCUGCCCACAGGGCGCUCUUGUAUUGAGCAUUACCGACGGCUGAGGCGCUACUGCGUGUUCUCUCAUGAGGAACUCACCUGCAAGAUGGCGGCCUGCCCAGAGAAGCUAGAUCUGAACCUGGCAGCCGCCACGCACAGGGAGAUGUUCAUUAUCGUACAGGAGGAGAGGAAACUACGCAAAGGCCUCCUGGAAAGGGGCAUAAAGGAAGCAGAAAGGGAAGCCUUUGAAUUACUGCCUGAUGAUGAAAGACAAUGUGACAAAUGUAAGACCACCUGCUUUCUCUCAGCCCUGGCGUGUUCGAACUGCCAAGAGAGUCUUGUCUGCCUCUACCAUGCCCAGGACCUCUGCUCUUGCCCUAGUGAAAAACUCUACCUCAGGUAUCGCUAUACUCUGGAUGAACUCUUGGCCAUGUUGCAUCGGCUGAAAGUUCGCGCCGAGUCUUUUGACUCAUGGGCAAACCGAGUGAAGGAAGCCCUAGAGCAGGAAGAAGGCAACAAAAUAGACAUUAAAGAUCUAGAGGUUCUGAAAGAAGAGGCAGCUGACAAGAAGUUCCCCAAUAAUGAGCUGCUCCAGCGCCUCAACACUGUCCUCGCAGACAUCCAAAAGUGUGAGAGCAGCAGCACAGAGCUCCUCAGCAAUAGCCAGAGCAGGAGAAUGAGUCUGGAGGAGCUGAGGACUCUGGUGGACACCAUGCAGAACCUGCCCUGUGUUAUAAAACCGCUGGAGGAAGUGCAGGCGGUAUUGCAGAAGAUAGAGGAGUUUGAUGCACGUGCUCAAGCUCUGGUUGACAGCACAAAAGACGAGUGGAAGCAGGACUCUCCUCUACCCGCGGCUUCAGAGAUCCAGGCCCUGCUGGAGGAGGGAGCAUCGCUGCCUGUUAUUGCCCCGGCAUGUGAGCUUCUGAGUGGGCUGCAGGAGCAGGGUCGCUGGCUGGGAGAGGUCAGGCGGACGUUAGGGCCGGAGGGGAGCGAGGUGACUCUAGCUGUGCUGAGGAACUUGAUGGAGUCAGGUUGUAAUGUACCACAGAGCAUAUCGGUGGAGACCGCAAUGGCUGAACUGCAAGAGCUACUGACUAUAGCCGAGCGCUGGGAGGAGAAGGCACAGAUCUGUCUGGAGGACAGGCAGAAACACCAUCUGUCGACGCUGGAGGCCAUCGUGAACGAGGCUCAGCUAAUACCAGUGCAGCUGCCUAACAUCCUGUCCCUGCAGGCCUGCUUGAGCAGAGCUCGCGCUUGGGUCACUGAUCUGGAGGAAAUUCAGAACGGUGAGCACUACCCGUGUCUGGAUGAUCUGGAGGGUUUGGUGGCCAUUGGGCGGGACCUGCCGGUGAAGAUGGAGGAGCUGAAGCAGCUGGAACUGCAGGUGGCCAGCGCUCACUCCUGGAGAGAGAAGGCCAGCAAAACGUUCCUGAAGAAGAACAGUCAGCACAGUCUGCUGGAGGUGUUGUGCCCAUGUGUUGAGAAGAGCAAGAAAAUGGAGGAGAACUCACUGGGUACGGAAGCAGAUUCUGAUGUCAAUGUAUUAGGCCUCACUGCUCAGGACCUCCGAGACCCAGGAGCUAUCGUGAUGGCAUUCAAAGAAGGGGAGCAUCUGGAGAAAGAGGCCCUCCUCCGCCUUCAGCAGGUGAAUUUAACUAAACCCGGCGUAGAAAAAGGAGCAAACGGUGACCAGAACGGCAUCAAGACAGAAAGGAAACAGAGUGACUCCAUGGAGACAGACACGCCACAUAACUCGGACAGCACCUUGCUGCAGAAUGGUGGCUCCGCCCCUUCCGUCACCUCUAGCCAAUCAGUGUGUGUGUGCAGUGGCCAGCCCUGCCCCUUGCUUCACCGGUGCCAUCUAUGCAAAGACUGGUUCCAUGGAGGUUGUGUGCCCUUCCCAUCACUGCUGGGCUCCUCCGACACAAAUCUUACAAAGCCCCUCUGCUGGUGGGACUGGAACACACGUUUCCUCUGUCCGCGGUGCCAACGAUCCCGGCGGCCACGGCUGGAAACCAUUCUAGCGCUGCUGGUGGCGCUGCAGAAGUUACCUGUACGCCUGCCAGAGGGAGAGGCGUUACAGUGUCUUACAGAGAGAGCCAUUAACUGGCAGGGUCGAGCCAAACAGGCACUAGACUCUCCGGAAUUACAGAGGGAGCUAGAGAGACUCCAACAAGUGGAGCAGGAAAUGAACAGUAUAAAAGAGGAAGAGCCAGAGGAGAAAAACAAAUGGAAUGGGGAUACUGUAAUUGUGUUGUCUGACUCAGAGGAAACAGAAGAUGGUGUUAUUGAUCUGACAGAGGAAGUAAACUCGCCAAAAAAGAGCGAAGAGAAGGCUGCUAAUGGUACACAGUCUGGCUGUCAGAAUGGAGUUGCUAAGAAGUCAGGCACUCAGGACAUUAUAGGGGUGGAGUCUCUGUUGUCACUAGUGCCGUGUCUCAAAGGGCCGGUGAUCGAGCUGACCACAUCCACCAGAGCACAGCUGGAGGAGCUUCAGCUAGAAGGAGACCUGCUGGAGGUCACGCUUGACCAGACACACACUAUUUACCGGCUCCUACAGGCUGCAUCACAGCCGCACCAAGAUGCCCUGCACACACUCAUACAGAUUGAGCUGCAGGAACAGAGAAGCUCGGGUCGUGGCAGCAAGUCAAAGGACUCUAGGAGGAAGAGAAAGAACCAGAAAACCGAAGGCGAGCCUAAAUCUACAGAUGCUUCUGAAUGCAAGAAGACAAAAUCUACAGAUCCACACACAGGUACACACUGCUGUCAGGCACCCAUUUUAUUUACUAUCAAAUGUCUGUGA